CAUCUUUCACUACUCAUCAUCAUAAACAUCUUUCUUUCUCUUCCCCCAACCAUUUCUCUGAGCUCCUCCACUCUUCCCUCUACUUGCUCAAAUCUUCCAUGGACAACAACAAAAAUCCCCGCAGCUCUGUCAUAAUAGUCGGGGCAGGUAUCUCAGGGAUAUCGGCGGCGAAGGUGUUAGCGGAAAAUGGCGUGGAUGACAUGUUGAUAUUGGAGGCGUCAGACCGGAUAGGCGGGAGGAUAAGGAAGGAGGAAUUCGGCGAGGUCACGGUUGAGCUCGGCGCCGGUUGGAUUGCCGGUGUGGGUGGCAAACAAUCUAAUCCCGUUUGGGAACUCGCCAAACAAUCCAACCUCCGCACUUGCUUCUCCGAUUAUAGCUACGCCCGCUACAACAUCUAUGAUCGGAGUGGGAAGAUUUUUCCAAGUGGAAUAGCGGCGGACUCAUAUAAAAAGGCGGUGGACUCCGCAAUCCAGCGGUUGAGUCAGGAGGCCAACCAUGACGCUUCCACUGCUCAUGAUGUGUCAGUUCUUGCUGAAACGCCGUCCACUCCAAAGACUCCUAUUGAGCUGGCAAUUGACUUUAUUCUGCAUGAUUUUGAAAUGGCAGAGGUUGAACCAAUAUCAACAUAUGUGGAUUUUGGAGAUAGAGAAUUCUUGGUUGCUGACCAAAGAGGGUAUGAGCAUUUGCUCUAUAAAAUGGCAGAAACCUUUCUUACUACCAAGGAGGAUAAGAUAUUGGACAGCCGUUUAAAACUCAAUAAGGUUGUUCGGGAAUUACAGCACUCGAGAAACGGCGUUUCGGUGACAACGGAGGAUGGUUGCGUUUACGAAGCCAAUUACGUGAUUUUGUCCGUUAGCAUUGGUGUCCUCCAAAGCAACCUUAUUUCCUUCAGACCCCCCUUACCCAGAUGGAAAACAGAAGCCAUUAGCAAUUGUGAUGUUAUGGUGUAUACAAAGAUCUUUUUGAAGUUUCCCUAUAAGUUUUGGCCUUGUGGGCCUGAAAAGGAGUUUUUCAUUUAUGCCCACGAGCGCAGAGGCUACUAUACAUUCUGGCAGCACAUGGAAAACGCAUACCCCGGGUCAAAUAUACUGGUGGUGACAUUAACAAAUGGGGAGUCAAAACGCGUUGAAGCUCAACCGGAUGAAGAAACCUUGAGAGAAGCCAUGGAAGUUCUGAGGAACAUGUUUGGACCAGAAAUACCAGAUGCUCUCGACAUACUUGUACCACGUUGGUGGAACAAUCGGUUCCAGCGCGGCAGCUAUAGUAACUAUCCAAUCUAUGUUAAUCACCAACAUGUUGAUGACAUUAAGGCACCAGUUGGAAGGGUGUUUUUCACAGGAGAGCACACAAGUGAAAAGUUCAGCGGUUACGUGCACGGAGCUUACCUUUCAGGCAUAGACACGAGUAAAGCUCUAUUGGAUGAAAUGAGGAAGGACAAGGGAAGAAAGAAUGAAAAUCAAGCUUUUCUCCUGGAGCCCUUGCUUGCUCUGACAGAAUCUUUAGCGCAACCAGAUGCAGUAUCAAAUCUCCACAAAUAUGAUAUACCUAGAAAACUCUUUCUUAGUAGUAGUAAGCUAGGCCUUCCGGAGGCCAUUGUGUGAUUUAAGUGGACAGUUGGAUACACACUUCUUGACAGAGAUAACAAUUCAUUAUUAGGAAGGAAAUUCGCCUGACAGAUUUGAGGGAAGAAUAUAAUCCAAUUCAUGGAUGUUCUGCAACACGAAGAAAGGAUGAAGAGCAAGAAAUCAUGUAAAUGAUUAGUGAAUUUCAUCUCCUGAAUAGGUAACAAUGUAACUGGAGGCUCCGGGAGGAUCACUUUGAUUGGAAUCUGUUUGGUUAUGCAUUAGAUUAUUCAAUAUAGCAUGUAUUGGAGGGGUCACUGACGAGAUUUAAGUGUAACUAAGAUGAUGUUGA